AUGUCCCGCCAUCUGGUCGGCGUCGCGUUGCACCGCGCCUGUCAUGGCGACGCUGCUGUCUCGCUCCAGCGCGCUUGGUACCCCGACCCUCAAACCCUCCCUUUUGCGCGCCACAUUAAAACACAUGCGUUGGUGUCGCUCGUCCAGAAAGGUCUCCAAUACCAUGAACUCGAGUCCUCAAUUGACAAGGAAGGCAAUCCCAUCACAUUCACACCCGAGCGAUACUUCUUCGGGCCUGAGCCUUUUGAUGUCGGCUCAUUAAAACCUCAGGAUGAGCCAACGUCAGCGGCCAACGGUCCACUACCAGGACCAGUUCCAGAAACCGCCGAGGAGACGGCCAACGAGCCGGCGUCGAACGGACACACCGCCGAUCCUGCCCAAAAAAGCCAGCCAGCCGAGACCAAUGGCGACGAAGCGAUGGAGGUUGACGAAGCCGAGAGCAAACCGGCCACCCCGCAACCUCAGGCACCCGAGGUGGAUGGAGACGGGGAUGUCAGCAUGGGCGCGACAGAACCCGAAGAAAAGCCUCGCGAACCCACCCUCACCACCGGUCACAGCAUCGGCAUUCAGAUGUCACCCGCCAAAGCCGCCGACUUGACACCAGACACCGUCAUGCUUGACGAAGAUCAUGCGGUUUCUGCGAGCUGGUGUCCGAAAGACCCGUCCUUGUUACUCACCACUGGGGACACCUUUUGUAGUCUAUGGAAAUUGUCGGCCACAGCUGAACCCGCGCGGAACAGGUUCUUGAGUCUCAAGGGCUCCGGCGCAUUUGUAUCAGCUGUGGCGUGGGACAGUGCGGGUGCGAAACUGGUCGUGGCAUCAUACCGGGACCUGAAGGGCAACGUAACCAUCUACAACACGGACGGCAAUGUGAUGGAUCUCUUGCCGGAUAUGCCCCGCGUGAUCAGUGGUUUGUACUGGGCGAAAGAAAGCCCUCAGCUGGUCAUUGUGGCUUCGGACGAGCGCUCAUCCGAGUUGGCGCUCUGGGAUGACGGUCGAAGACCCGACGUGUACCCGUCCCCACAAAUGAUAGACAAUCACGUCUAUGAUCUGGCAUGGUGUGGUCGCAACCGUGUCUUUGCAUGCGGAAAGGGGUUUGUGUACGAAUGCGAGGUGGACGACAAUAUCCGUCUGCUCAAAGCCCAUGCUUCGCAGCAAUCCGAUACGGAAUGGGCUUACCUCAAGUGCCUCAAACAUGAUGCGCUUUCUGUUGCCGUCACGGCAAGUGCGGCGUCUUCGACCAUCUGGAUUCCGACUCACGAUAUCGUGAUUGAUACCGCUCACCAGGGCGCCAUCACCGCCAUCGAUAUCAAGCCGCAGGCGGCGUCGGAAAGGCUGGAAGGCAAGCAAACCAUCACUAUCGCUUCAUACUCUACCGACGGCACUGUUGGUGUGUGGCAGGUAGAUUUGGCCUCUAAAGAAUCCAAGUGCAUCCACCGCCUUCGGCUGGGGGCCUCCGUUCCCGCCCUCACUGGCAGUUUCUCCCCGGAUGGGUAUGCCCUGGGCGCGGUCAGUAGAGAUCAAGUCCUGAUCUGGAAUGUUGAACGUGGCGGGGACCCGAUUGCGACCUGCAAAGCCCCCGUUGUCGCCAAGGUCAAGGAGGAUCCCGACCGGACGACCAAUGGGCAGAAUGGACAUGGUCCUGUAUACCCAGAUCGUGCCUUGUCGUGGGAUCUGGAUGGGAAGAAGCUCGCAUGCGGGCUUGGAGAUCAGACGGCGAUCAUCAAUUUCCAGCGGUGA